GAAGCACCGCCACCAUUAUCCGUCCCCGCUCCGAAAGUCGCUUCCCCGCCUCCCUGCCGGAGCCGGAGCCCGGGCGGCGGCGGGGCGCGGAGCGCCGGAGGAAGUGCGGGGUGAAAAAGAAACAGAAACAGGCGGGCAGGGCUCGCCCGGCCGCGGCGGAGCGGCCAUCUCGGCUGGGAGCGGGGCCGCAUCCAUGGAGUUACCGGGCGGGCGCUCCUAAGGAGGGCCCGGGCGGCGCGGCCCCGGCAAUGACACCGGAUUGAGCCGCCGAGGGGGCUCUCCCGGCCGGGGACUGCGGGAGCAUCCCCCGCCCCCGCCUCCUCCCGCCUGUCACCCCAGAGACCGGCGCAACUCCGUGCGGACACUCCUGGCCAAGAUGGAAGAAAAACGACGCAAGUACUCCAUCAGCAGUGAUAACUCAGACACCACUGACAGUCACACCACAUCCACGUCCAGAUGCUCCAAAAUUCCGAAUACUAAGUCCCCCUGGUCACGGCAGAAGGAGAAAAAGCCCUCUGAGGUUUUCCGGACGGAUCUGAUAACAGCCAUGAAGAUCCCUGACUCCUUCCAGCUGAGUCCUGACGAGUACUACGUUCUGGCUGAUCCUUGGAGGCAGGAGUGGGAGAAGGGUGUCCAGGUGCCAGCAAGUGCCGAGGCCAUCCCUGAGCCUGUGGUCAGGAUCAUCCCCCAGCUGGAGAGCUCGCUUUCACAGGUCUCACCAAGCAACCUGCCUGGCUCUGAAAUUUCAGAAGCUACAAGGACUUACUUGCAAGGAAUGAGCCGCUAUGACCUGGACGAGCUCGAUGCCUGCUGGUUGGAGCUGGUUAACAUGGAGCUUAAGGAGAUGGAAAAGCCUGAGCUGGACGAGAUCACCCUGGAGCGAGUGCUGGAGGAGCUGGAGACCAUGUGCUACGAGAACAUGAACAUCGCCAUUGAGACCGAGGAGGGCUUGGGCAUUGAGUACGAUGAGGACGUGGUGUGUGACGUGUGCCGCUCACCAGAGGGGGAGGACGGCAACGAGAUGGUGUUUUGUGACAAGUGCAACGUCUGCGUGCACCAGGCGUGCUAUGGCAUCCUGAAGGUCCCCAUUGGGAGCUGGCUGUGCCGGACUUGCGCCCUCGGUGUUCAGCCCAAGUGUCUGCUGUGCCCCAAGAGGGGGGGAGCGCUGAAGCCCACCCGGAGCGGGACAAAGUGGGUCCACGUUAGCUGUGCCUUAUGGAUACCUGAAGUUAGCAUUGGAUGUCCUGAAAAAAUGGAACCCAUUACAAAGAUCUCCCAUAUCCCAGCGAGCAGAUGGGCUUUGUCCUGCAGCCUCUGCAAGGAGUGCACUGGGACAUGCAUUCAGUGCUCCAUGCCUGCCUGCGUCACCGCGUUCCACGUCACCUGCGCCUUUGACCACAACCUCGACAUGCGGACUAUCCUUGCAGACAAUGAUGAAGUGAAGUUCAAGUCCUUCUGCCUUGAGCACAGCACCGGGGCCACUAAGUUGCCUGAGGAGGCACGGACAGAGCCCGACCAAGCCCAGCUGGACUUGGAGAAGGUCACACUGCGGAAGCAAAAGCUCCAGCAGCUGGAGGAGGAUUUCUAUGAGCUCGUGAAGCCUUCAGAGGUGGCAGAGAACCUUGACUUAAGUGAAUCGCUGGUGGAUUUUGUCUACCAGUACUGGAAGCUGAAGAGGAAAGCAAACUCCAACAAACCGCUGCUGACACCAAAAACAGAUGAAGUGGACAACUUGGCUCAGCAAGAGCAGGAUGUUCUCUACCGACGCUUAAAGCUCUUCAUGCACCUCAGGCAAGACCUGGAGAGGGUUAGAAAUCUCUGUUACAUGGUGACGAGACGGGAGAAAAUGAAACACACCAUUUGUAAACUGCAGGAGCAGAUCUUCCAUCUCCAGAUGAAGCUUAUUGAGAAAGAUCUUUACCCAGAACAAACUGGGAAGAAGACAAAGGGUAAGAAAAGUGACCCAAGAAGGAAAGGAAGAGAUGGUAGAAAAAAUAGUCCUGAGAAGACAGAGAAAAGGAAAUCGGUCAACGAAACUGUUUUGGGACAACUGGGCUUGUCAACCUCCUUCCCCAUUGAUGGGACAUUCUUCAACAGCUGGUUGGCACAGUCGGUGCAGAUCACCGCGGAGAACAUGGCAAUGAGCGAGUGGUCACUCAACAAUGCCCACCAUGAGGACAGCACCCCUGGCCUCUCUGAGGAGCUCCUCCAGGAUGAGGAGACCUUGCUAAGCUUCAUGAUGGACCAUUCCCUCAGGUCCCCAUUCAGGCAGAGUGAGACCACAAAGAAAGUGAAAAGCAGAACGAGAACGAACACUAAGAAAAAGCUGCCAAGGAGCAGCCCCUCUGCAGUGGGUGGGGGCCACCCAGAGAGCUCAGAGCCCUGGACUAACAAUGCCAGACACUUUUCAGAUGAUCCCACCAAGCCCUUCGCUCUGGAUUCCAGACCAAGCAAGUCGGAAAAAGGGGCAAAGAAUCCCACUGACCGCAAAGGGACGGGCGAGGCCAAAAAGGUGGCCAAGAAGGGCUCUCUCCAGAAAGCCAGCGAGCCUCAUCCCCCUGCUGGGACACGGGGCUGCAUCAGCAAGGAGGAGGAGGAGGAGACACCGCACUGCGCUCAGACGGAGCCCAGCCCCGCAGCCAAAGUGCCUGACUCCAUAGGUAGCCCCAAAACCAUCGUGCGGUUCAAAUUACCAAAGGAGAGCCGGGGGACGCGGAGGUCGCAGCCCCCCAAGGCUGACAGCACCGGUGGAGCUCCCUUGCGUCGCUUCGACGCCGACACGGACGGAUACUUCUCCGAUGCCGAGAUGAGCGACUCGGAUGGGGAGUCCCGUGGCGGCCGGGCGCAGCGGGGCCAGCUGGACACAGCUGGUGAGGACAUUGUCAGGAUGAGCAUCCUGGCAUCCUAACUCCUCUGACCAUGCCGGCUUGAUGAGGCCUCAACCCAGUUCCAACUGCCAUGUCCAAUUUCUGCCUGGUAGCACGGCGAGGGGGGUUUUUAAUAUGUGUAUAUAGUUGGAAAUUCGGCACUGUUGUCUUUCUCUUCUCGAAACGCCUGAGAUACAGCUUCAGCUUCACCAACAUCGAUGACUGUGACAGCAGUGGUCCCUCCCCAGCUCCCUGCCAGACCCCACUUCCUGGAAACGUGAGCCGGCACCCACCAGGACUGAUGUCAAGGAUGCUGAGAGGGUGGAGGGUGCCGGUACCCAUGCUUUCUGCAGGGAUGACAGUUCAGUUAAUGGGCAUUAUUUAAUGAGGGGCAGAUUUCUGCCUGGGAUGGUUGCCCUCAGAGCAGGGAGCGAGUAGAGGGUCCAGCAGUGGCCAGCUGUGGGAGGGGAAACUCCCACCUGUGUGUGCAGAGAGAAGGAAGCAAAAUAAGCGAUUCUAAAAUAAAUAAUGACUAAAGCACAAAAAGCUUGUUGGAGGAAAACGCUUGGGGUGGAAGAGAGCAAUGUUACAUUUCUAUUUUAGGGAAAAAUAAACCCUUGGUCAUUAUUUUUCCCCUCACCUUUCCAUCUGGUUGGGAUCCGUCCAGGGGCCAGGAUGCAAAAGCCCUUCCUGCCCAUGUCCCCACUGAGGUUCUUAGAAACUCUGAAGUGAUUUACUCAGUUGAAUGGAUCAGCAAGUGGAAAAUGGAAAUGUGGGGCAGGAUGGAGGAAGAAAGCAUCCUUUAAAACCACCGUGGGGAGUCAGGGUUGGUAUAACCCAGGAGGUUGAGCAAAUUUUUUUGCCCUUACUUCUCUCCAAUGCUGCCGUGGUUCCACCAUGCCAGGGCAGCACAUUUGAAAUCCCCCUUGCAAACCAAAACCAUGGCCCCAAGGCCAAAUGUGCCAUCACUGAGGGGAAAUGGCAACCCUUGCUGCCACCAUUGUGUUUUCCUUCUAAAUGCUACAAUGGAAAUAGUGAAUUUAUUCCUCUCCAUCCUUUGUUUUGGUUUGGUUUCUUUUUUAACCUUAAAUCCUGAUUAUAAGCUGUUGACUCAUUGUGGAGGGGUGAUUCACAGAAGCUGACAUUAUAAGUAUUACAGUAAUUUAAUGCAUAAAAUGUCCCCAGUAAGCCUUAAAUGUUGUUUAAAAGCCCAUGUUACCUAUAAGUCAGGCGAAUUUCCAUGUUUGCACUUAAUUGCACCAUUACUUCGGUUUUGGCUUCAAAGGUCACAGUUAAGUCAUGCUACAUGUUUUAUUGGAGUGACCCCAGUGUGAGCUCAGGGAACAAAAAAAAAAAGGAAUUCACUGAAACUUUUGUUGUUGUUGUUUUUUAAAAACGUUUAAAAAAAAACCUAAAAAAAAUAAACAAAAAAAACAAAACAUAACCAACCCAAACCUGGGACACUUCUGCAACCGGUUAAAUCCAUCACUAAACAAAAAAACCCUUGCAAUUCUCAAACCAAUCAGUCAAAGAAUUUUGUGGAUGCCAAAGAAAUAUAUUGACAGUCAAGCAGCACAGCCAGAAACCGGAAACUUGUCAUUAUGAAAAAAAAUCGGAAGUUAUUUAGCAACCAAGGACUAAAGACACACUCAUACCACACUGCUGCGGCGUUAGGUUCCAAGCUUGCUCCGAGGGAUGCUGCUGCUCCGAGACCGCAUCCUGCCAUUUUGGUUUCUGAUGCUUUUUGCUCAUUUCACUGUGAGCUUUCUUUUUGAAACUCUGAGACUAUUUCGAUUGAUGUUUUAGAGUAGGUCAUCAUCUUUAUCAGCCUUCCAAAGUCCUUAUUAUUGAUAAAAUUGCAGCAAAGAUCAGCGAUGACAGCCCAGCUGAUCCCAGACACAGCGACUGGUGGGGGCUUCGGGUGGGAUGCCCAGCCCUGGCUGAGACUGACCGUGCCUGGGGAGGAAUCAUCCUCACAUAGGAAAAAUGUGACACAAGUUAUUAGUGGGAAAAAAAAAACAAGAAAAAAAUCAGCAAAAUACCAACAAAACAGGAACCACCUUUGUCAUAAAUUAGCAUAAUCCAUUAAGGUUGGAAAUGUCAUUAAGGCUCAGUAUGUUCAGAUAAUGUUAAAUACCGUAAAUAGGACUUAGUUUAUCUUAUCAGGCUUGCUAGCUUUAGCUCCAGUAUCCUAGUAUACGAGUCAUAACAAUAAUCAAUAUGCUGCCUUUUAAUGAAUCUUGCUUCCUUGUGCUUCACUCAAUUAUGGUAAAAAAAAGCAAUCCACAAAUUUCACUGUACACAGUUCCCAUUCAUCAGCUUCUGCACUACUUGUCUUCUCAGUACAGGAAAGCAAAAAGGGGGAAACUUUAAAGAACAACCAACAUCCAGCAUUGGGCAAUAACAGUUUGAAACACUCCCAAAAUACCAGGCAUCAUGUUUUGCCAUCAGGAGAUGGGGGGAAAGCUAAGGGGUGCAGGGAGAAGAAGGGGAUGGCAGGAAUAGAGAGGAGGAAAAGGGCUCUGGUGAGCUGUGGGGCUGAGCAAGGGCUGGACCAUGGCAAGAUAGCUGCAGCCACCCCAGAGCAUUCCCUGCCUGGAGUGUCCUCGGAGCAGGGGAGUCUGGUGUUCUGGAGAGAAAAUGCACAAGGAAAAUAUUUUUGAUGUUAAUGUAAAUGUAUUUUGAAAUGAAUAGAAAGAGAAGAAAAAAAGUUUAUUUUAGUACAGAAAUGUUAUCUUUUAAGAUGUAUAAACUGCAGGAAUCGACAUUUGCACUGUAAGAGCACCUGUUUCCUUGGAGAAGCAGCCACUGUUGAGAUGAGGAUGCAGAAAGCAGCGUUCCCAUAUCAGCCCCAAACCUGAUGGUUAAGGGAGUUUCCCUAGGACAGCUUGCAUUCCACACCCAUUUUCCCCACACCCAACUUUUGAUUUGUUCCUUUUUCUUUUUCUUUUUUUUUUUUUUCCCUUGUACCUGUUUUAUGGGGUUAGGAUGCCUCUGCUGUCCCAUGGAGCUCGCCCCAAGGUUGGAUGCAGAAUGGAGCUAGGAUGGAUGCAGGCUGCAGGAAGAUGCUGCUACAGGGCGGGGCAUGAGGUUUGGUUGUUCUUUAAGGAAAUCCCCUGCAGUUUGCACCAUUCCACAUUCAAAACAACACACUUCACAUCAGUUACAGGAAACGAUAUGAAUGUCACAGGAGGAGAAACCCUUCUGUUUUCUUUGUUUCAAAGAACGUGAUGUGCCAUUUGUUAAUACAAAAGAGAAAUAUUGAAAAUAUAUUGAAAAGAGCAAUUUUAAAUUAUUUUUGGCUUAUGUUGCAAUAUUUAUUUUCUUGUAUUAGAAAUUCCUUUGUAGAGAAAAAAUGUAUUUUUCAUUAAUGCAAAAACCUAUUUCUCCUUUUUGUACAUUUCCCAUGUUAGUUAAUCCUUAAAGCAAUAUAAUGUUACCAAAUUCGUUCUGUGUGAGACUGUAUUAUGCAUGCUAUUUGUGUUGCCUUGGAAUAGCUCUGUCUGCCAUUACUUUCAUCCUGUUUAGAUACAGUGUAUGCUGUAAUACACAUUGGGACCAUGGCCCAUCGCUUACAAAAAAAAAACCCUCUGCAUUCCUCAAUGUGUUGGCAAAUGCAGUCAAUAAAGCAGUGUUUUCUGUGUA